AGCUGUUAACAUUUGGCCAACGCAGUUGAUAAACAAAUAAUUUUUCUGCAAAAAAUAAUCUUUUUAAUUGAAUAAAAGUGUAUCAUAAUGGAUUUGGAAAACGAACGAGUGCUUAAGUUGAUAUUUCCUGAUGGUGUACCAGAGAAUCUCCGCGAAAAUCCGGAGCUCUAUAGCUACCUAGCCAAUUUGGGCACCUACAAAGUCGAGCAGCUGAAGAAAGAACAAACACGUUUGGCCGACGAAACCAAACGCAUUGUCGAGCAGACGCAGGAUUUAGCAAUUUCAAAUUACAAAACAUUCAUAUGCACCGCAGAGAAUUCGCGUUCAAUUUUCACUGAAUUCCAAAACGCCGAAGAGCAAGUGGGCACAUUACUGAGCAAGUUGCCAUUGUUUACGGCAGAAUGUGAAAGUUUUCUAGCCAAAGCGGAGGAUAUUAACGAGAAUAGACGCAUAAAUUCAAUAACUUUGAAGAAGAAUGCACAGCUGUUAGAGAUACUCGAGCUGCCACAGCUAAUGGAGCGCUGUAUACGCGAGGGACGCUACGAGGAGGCGCUCGAGCUGGCGAGCUUUGUGCAAAAGUUGGGACACAAUCAUAGUGACAUACCGAUUAUAAAGAGCAUCGUGCACUCAGUAGAGGCGCUGUGGCAUACAAUGCUGGUGCAAUUGGUGGCACAGUUGCGUAGCGAUUUACAACUGCCCAAGUGCUUGCAAAUUGUUGGCUAUUUACGACGCAUGCAAGCAUUUGGCAAUAAUGAAUUGAAACUGAAGUUCUUGCAAGCGCGCGAUACUUGGCUUAUAGGCACGCUGAAAUCGAUAUCUAAAGAUGAUGCUCAACAACAUUUGACCAAAACCAUUGAGGUGACACGCAUCAAUUUGUUUAAUAUUAUAACGCAAUAUCGUGCAAUAUUCCCGGAUGAAGAGCCUAGUUCUGUUACCGUCGUCAAACCGUUGCAAGGUGUGAGCUGUGAUGGUGAACGGCUCUUCCAGUCAUGGCUGCAUAGGAAGAUUGAUGAUUUUCUCCAGACUCUCGAAUCCGAUUUGGAACGCGGUGUCAGCUCCUAUGACACCGUACUUGGGCAAUGCAUGUACUUUGGCCUAUCAUUCAGUCGUGUUGGUGCCGAUUUUCGUGCGCUUAUGGUACCAAUCUUUCUACGCGUAAUCAGAAAGAAUUUCGAAAAUGCCAUCUCCAAGGUGAAUCAAAGUUUCGCACAAGAACUCGAACGCUAUACGCUCAUUAAUAAACCGACAUUGCAUACGCGCGCUCACAAAGUGGACACAACUAGCGUCACUAUAGCGCAGGGCAGUGCAACAGCACAAGAACAAGAAUUAUUUGCACCGCCGGAAACUUUGCUCGACUUUCAUCCGCUAGCCGCACUAUGCAAUGGCUACUUGAAUGCACUCAACGAGUUACGUCUUUGCGCGCCCAUCGCCUUGGCGAAUGAUGUAACGCGUGCGCUACAAUCAUCACUAGAAUUUGUGGCUACCAAAGUGCUCGGAUUCUAUAGGCAAGAACAGCAGGCUUUCACCAGCGCAGAGCGCGAGACAUUUGUGAAAUUGUGCUCUUGUUUGGCAUACGAUUUGAUACCCUACAUGCAGCGUUGCAUACACGCCAUAUUUCCACAACAGACACUCACUAACCAUUUGGGUAUAAAUCUGCUGACAUUGGAGCAGCAGCAGAUCACCUACUUGCAACAACAAAAGAUAUUAGAACCGCUUAAGCAUUUGCUACCAAACAAAAUGCCGGAUGUAUUGUUGAAGCAAGGUCAGACGAAGUUGGCGGAGGCAACAGAGGCGCAACAAAGUGCCGCGGCGGCCAUCGCUGCAGAGGGAUAAUCGCUUGAAUGGGAAAUCUGCAAUAAAAACUAACAUAGAUACAUAACAUACAUACUAAUGAUACAUAAAAUGUCUUAAGCCCAUAAAUUAAUAAAGCAAAAAUAAACGAAACAAAGCACCAAUCCAUUGACAAAAACAGCCAAAAACUCAAUUAUACGCUACAACUGACCACAAAUGUCAAUUUCAUAUGUAUGCCUCGCCAUCAGCGAACCACCCUCACACUUCAUUGCAUCCUCCCACAUAUAAGGCGUGUAUGUAUUGUGUGUAUAUGCAUGUUUAUCUAUGUAUGUGUGUUUGCCUGCACACCACUACAAAGCAAUGGUAAAUACACUAUAUAAUGUAAUUUAUGAAUAACAAUUAAAAAGGAAAAAUUAGCCACAUGAGCUGAAGCGCAAACAAGUUGAGCCGGAGCCGCAGCAGCAGCAGCCACCCACUCAUCCAAUCAGCCAUGCAUACUUCCAACUAUACAUACAUCCAACUUUAGCGUCGCCCUUGCCCUCAUCUUCACAUUCACAUUUCGUUUUUGGUGGCUCAUGAUGGUCGCUUACUAGGAAGUUUUAUUUCACUACUUUAGCAUUUGUGCUUUGGUCAUCAUUUUCUGUGCAGCUGGUGUAAUAAAACUCCCCAUUUGGUCAUUUGGCAAUUAUCCCGAUAAAUUAGCAAAAAUAGUAGCGACGCCAGCAAUCCACAGUGUCCAAGCUUCACACAUAUUCACAUGCACACAUACAUACACACUUCUGUAUGUCCAUAACUAACUGUCAGGACAAUAGCUGAAAAGCAAAUAAAUGAGCAAAAUUUUAGCGGCGGCAAUAGAGACAGCAGCAAGCGACUGUAGUCCAUAGGUUCGUGCGUUUGUAUUUUCGAAAGCUGACAAAAUCGACGAAUGAAUGGACGAGUAGAUAAUUUUCACAUUUAUAAAAUGAACAAUGCACUUAAGUAGCACCAAAAAUAAUGGAAAGGGAGGGGAAACUGGAUCAUAAACGUUGGGAAUAAGCAAGUGUUAUGAAAAUGUUUUCGAAUAGCUGUUGGCAUGUAAUUACAUAUGUAUGUA